AUGUCCAAAUCCUGGUGGACAACGCUCCCGGCGGUCCCAAAGCAAAAUCGACGAGGGCCACCGCCAGAGCCAGGAUUCACAGAUGAAGAACUACAAUACCUCGAAAAUACGCUACAAAUUAUUGAAUCAAUAUCUAUGGACACGCUGGGCCUGAACGAGAUGGACGACGCCGAGAGCGUUCAAGGCGAGUACGCAGCUCGCUCGAGCUCGCGACACGACACAUCUACAAAGCGAGAUAAGACGCAAAGAAUCCGUUCUCGAACAUCGUCCCAAUCUGGAGCGAGUGCAGUCGCCAAACUUGCUGCUGUACUCCCCGAACCGGUUCGGCUCCGCGUCUCGGAUGCGCAGAUGUGGGCCGUCACUCACCCCAACACGGUCGCAAUGUUUCUCGUCUUUGUGGCGAGCGCAUUGCUGGCCCGUGGCGGGAGCAAUGUGCAUUCGAUCAUCGCCGUGGCUUGCUUGAUGGCCGGACUCAAGAUUAUGGCGGCGACUGAAGAUGGAUUCGAAAUUCCUAGGGUUCCUCCUCCACGAUAUACCGCACAUCCACCACCUCGGACCCAGUCUGCUAUACCCGAUAUGCCACUUGACGAAUGA